AUGGUGUUUUCAGGGGUUCAAGUUAAAAUUAAAGGCUUACCGUGUCAAUGUGAUUUUAACGAAAGUUUAUACAAAACGAAUGACUCUCUUGUCUCGAUGGAAGAUGACUCGCUAAAUCAAACGAUUGAACAGAGCGUUUUGGAAAGCAGCAGCGAGAAAAGGAAAAGAGGAAGACCGAAAAAAAUUGAAAUUAGCGAAACGAAAGCGGACAAAAUAAAAAAAGCAGAGAAAAACAAACAAAGUAAAGAAACAUCUGAGAAGGAAAAAAGAGAGAUGGAGAAGGAAAAUGAAAAAUCUUUAUUACAAGAAAAAUUAAAAAAACAAGAGCGCGACUUGAAAAAUCACGGCGAGCAAUUGCGAAUGUGCUGGCAGCAAUUGGUUUUAGCAGAAGCUCAGCAUUCAAAUCUAAAGAAAUCUGUUGGUAAUCAGCAGCAUGGCCAGCAUAUCGUCACUCAGCCUAUGCUUAAAGCAGUAUUAGACCAACUGCAUGAAGCCCAAGAGAACCAGAAAAAAUUACAAUUGGAAUUAAACUAUCAACACAAAAUUCUUACGGACAAGCAACAGCUGCCUUCACAGUCCGUGUUACCUGAAUUGUUGAAAUCAUCUGAUCCGUCAAACUCUGCAACAAACUGCGACGAGCUAGUACCAGGUGAUCCGUCACAUUUUUCUGAUUCGAAAAAAAAAAUUUCUGAUCCGCUAAACAAUGCUCCUACUGGUUCGUCAAAUAACUCUCUUGCUCUGUCAAACUCUAUUGGUGCUGAUUUCUCAAACUCUGGUCGUCCUCGUCCAUCAAACACUGUUGGUACUGGUACAAAAAGCUAUGUUUAUACUAAUCCGCCAAACUCUGUUCGUGCUGGUCCGUCAAAUUUAGUUCGUGCUGGUUCGUCAAACUCUGUGCGUACUGGUUCGGCAAAUUCAAAUGUUGUGUCACGUUUUACUGGACCAACUGGUCGACAUAAUGACAUACCUUCACGUGGAGGACAACCAACAAGAAAAAAUGCUCGUCGUCGACCACCUCUUUCUUACCGACGUAAAUUUGACAAUAAUCAAAAUGGACAUAAUCCACAUCCCUAUCAACAAAAUUAUGGAAGUUAUCGUCAACAAAAUUACGACCAUCAUCGUCAAUAUAAUCAUCGACCGAAUUAUAGUCAAAAUCAUGGGUACCAUCAUGGAUGUGAUUGUCGACGUCGCCAUAAUGAUGGAUGUUUCGCUCCAAGAAGAUCACACAAUUGUAGAUGUGAUAAGAAUUACAAUUGUCAGCGUCACAAUUCUUGCAAUUGUGAACAUCGCCAUUAUGACCACGAAGAUUAA